CCUGCUUUAAAACUCAUAGAAACUCAUUCACUCACAGUCUGAUUCCAGCAGACCCCCUUUAACUCAUCAAAUACCUCAGAACUGUUAAACAUGGAGACUGUUUCCUCACACACACAUGAAUCCAGCAGCAGUAAGAGGAAAGUGAUCGCGGUAGUGGGAGGCGGUUUGGUUGGAUCUUUGAACGCCUGCUUCCUUGCCAAAAGAGGAUUUGACGUCGAAGUAUUUGAAUCUCGGGAAGAUAUUCGGCAGGCAAAAGUCGUGAGGGGUCGAAGCAUCAACUUGGCCCUGUCCCAUAGGGGGCGCCAGGCCUUGAAACACGUGGGAAUGGAGGAUAAGAUAGUCUCUAAAGGCAUUCCAAUGCAUGCCCGUAUGAUCCAUAAUAUGAGUGGAAAACGUUCUCCCAUACCCUACGGCAAGAAGGGACAGUACAUCCUCUCAGUGGACAGAGCCAACCUCAACAAGGAGCUGCUAACAGCGGCAGACGCAUAUCCAAACACUACACUGAACUUUAAUCACAAGCUGCACGACUGGAGUCCAAAAACAGGAACAAUGACCUUUAUUGGACCUGAUGGCCAAAGAAAGGAGAUGCAGGCUGAUCUGAUCGUAGGCUGUGAUGGAGCUUUCUCUGCCGUCAGGAAGCAGUUACUACGGCAAAGUCGUUUCAAUUACAGCCAGACAUACAUUCCCCACGGGUACAUGGAGCUCACCAUGCCUCCUAAAGAUGGAGAUUUUGCGAUGGAGCCCAAUUAUUUGCACAUUUGGCCCAGGAACACUUUCAUGAUGAUUGCCCUGCCUAACUUGGACAGGACAUUCACAUGCACCCUCUUCAUGCCCUUUGAAGAUUUCGAGAAGAUCCGCAGCGGUGACGAGGUCAUUCGUUUCUUCCAGAAAUACUUCCCUGACUCUAUACCUCUAAUAGGAGUUGAGGCUCUCAAACAGGAUUUCUUCCGGCUGCCUGCUCAGGCCAUGGUCUCGGUGAAGUGCUCCCCGUAUCAUCUGUUUGAUAAGUGUGUUCUCAUGGGAGAUGCGGCCCACGCUGUGGUUCCUUUCUAUGGUCAAGGCAUGAAUGCGGGCUUUGAGGAUUGCUUAGUUAUCGACGAGAUUAUGGACCAGUUGAAUGAAAACAUUGCUGCUGUGCUUGAAGAAUACAGCAGAGUCCGAGUACCUGACGAUCACGCCAUAGCUGACCUGGCCAUGUACAACUAUGUAGAGAUGAGGGCGCAUGUCAAUUCCAGAUAUUUCCUGUUCCGAAAAUACCUGGACAAUAUCCUUCACUUCAUCAUGCCAAAAACAGUCAUCCCCCUUUACACAAUGGUCACGUUCACCAGAACACGGUACCAUGAAGCGGUGAAUCGCUGGCAUUGGCAAGAUAAGGUGAUCACUCAAGGUCUGUGGCUGUGUGGUGUUGUGUCCGCAGCAGGAGGGACGUAUGUCUUGGUCAGAAACUCUCACAAACUCCCUAGCAUCUCUGUAGAGCAUCUGUGGACCCGCAUACUCGCUUUAAAACGCUUCUAAAAUAAAUAGACCACAAUGCACUGGAAAGCCUUUCAUACUCUUCUUCAGUACAAGUUAAGCUCUGUUUUGUGGCAUGAUGUUGAUUACCACUGGAAAUAAUUUCGACUAGUCCCUCAGUGUAGUGCACUUAAAAUGGGAGUACACUGGGCCAGGUCUCUAAAUGGUUUAAAAGCAGCAAUGUGCAGCUGGUAUGAUUGUUGAAGCACUUAUCUUUUCAUCAACAGAUGCUGUAAUGCAAAGCGACUUAUAUUGCAUUCAGGGUAUACAUUUUAUCAGUUCAUGCAUUCCCUAGUAUGCUAAUCUUUAGCAUUGCUAGCGCCAUGCUGUACUUCUUGAGCUACAGGAAUGCUGCGUUGACACUAGUUAUUCUGUAAAACAUUUAUCAGUUGUGUAUUUACAAAGACAUUUAUUGUCUUUUUUGAAGUGGGAAUAAUUCUUAGAGUGUUCUGUUUAUUUCCUUGGCUUGUGUAGAUCCAUUUUAAGUGUUGAUAAUUCUGCAUUUUCGGUGAUAAAUCAACAUAUGUCUCAGGUUCUUUAACUUGUGCUAAAUCCAGAAUAUUCCUUUAAAUAAGUCACCAUGAGCUUGAAAUUGUUCUGAGGGAGAAAUAAAGGACAUUCAGAGUGAACAUCUAAUCUGGUUUGCUCUACAUCUGAAUGGGUGUUGUGAUCUCUAAGCAUAUAAAGAUAUAAUUAGGCCUACUGUUUGUAAUUAUUUAAAAGUCAAUCUGAUCACUGUUCUUGUAGAUUCAAAAUGAGUUAAAUGUGACUAAAUAAAAUUUUGAUCACUAAAUGGUUGAA